GAGUCGUACGGUGAGGUCUCGCGUAGCCAACAAACCACUUUACUUAAGUUCAGAGUCGUACGGUGAGGUCUCGCAUAUAGAGCCUGAUCGCCGCGAUCCAUUGACCACGGUGAUUGCAAAGUUGCGAAGUAUGAAGCGCCAGAAUCUCCCCGCGGUAGCACUGGCCGUCGUCGCCGCCGUAGUCUUGCUCCUCUCCACCAAGGCCAUACCGUCGGCGGCCGCGGCUGCCGUCGAGCACACGUUUGUCGUGAGCCAAAUGAAUAUGACGCACUUGUGCAAGGAGACGCUGGUCACCGUGGUGAACGGGCAGCUCCCGGGGCCGGUGAUAGAGGUCACAGAGGGAGACUCGGUGGCAGUUCAUGUCGUCAACAAGUCACCCUACAACAUAACAAUCCAUUGGCAUGGAGUGAAGCAGCGGUUCAACUGUUGGGCCGACGGGGUGCCGAUGAUUACCCAAUGCCCCAUCUUGCCGAACCACAAUUUCACCUACCGAUUCGACGUUGCUGGGCAGGAAGGCACCCUGUGGUGGCAUUCUCACACCGCCUGCCUCCGGGGGACCCUGCAUGGCGCCUUCAUCAUCCGGCCGAGAGAUGGGGCCGGCUCAUAUCCGUUUCCUAAGCCUUAUAGGGAGAUCCCCAUCGUUAUAGGGGAGUGGUGGGAGAUGGACCUUGUACGGGUGGACAAUGACUUUUUGGACGGUUUCCUUGAUGAUGAGCCCAUUGCAGCCACAAUCAAUGGGAAGCUUGGAGAUGUCUACAACUGCUCCGGCGCCGUGGAAGAUGGUUACGUGCUGGACGUGGAGCCCGGCAAGACGUACCUGCUACGAGUAAUCAACGCUGCGCUCUUCUCCGAGUACUACCUCAAGAUCGCCGGGCACAAGUUCACGGUGGUCGCCGCCGACGCAAACUACGUCAGCCCUUACACCACAGAUGUCAUCGCUCUCUCGCCUGGCGAGACCGUGGACGCCCUCGUGGUCGCCGAUGCGCCGCCCGGUAGGUACUACAUGGUCGCCCUAGCCAACCAGUCGCCGAAGCCCGACCCCCAGAUCCCGGCGUUCGUCACGAGAGCCACAGUGGAGUACAGCAACGAUAACAGCCCCGGCAAUAGCGCAAAAGCGCUGAGCUCGAGCCGCGGCACCGGAGGAGGAGGAGGAGGUCCAUCCGGUGAUGUGCCAGUGGCGCCUGAGAUGCCUGACCAGCACGACACGAUGACCUCCUUCUACUUCCACGGCAACCUGACCAGCCUGCGCCACGCGCGGUUGCCGCCGGUGCCAGCGCGCGUGGACGAGCGUCUGAUCAUCACUCUCGGCUUGGGCUCGGUCUGCCGACGAGGUCAAUCCUGCAAGAGGAGUGGGAGCAACGAGUCCAUCAUCGUGGCAACCAUGAACAAUGUCUCCUUCCAGCUCCCCACAUCGACGACACCACUGCUAGAAGCGCACUACUACAACACCAGUGCCAUGGACGCGCUACAGCAGCUUCCCGAUAGGCCGCCGAGGGUGUUCGACUACACUGACCGCGCCUUGAUUCCUUGGGGACCCAAGGAGGCGCAGCUAGAGCCGACAUCCAGGGGGUCGCUGGCGCGGCGCUUCCAGCAUGGCUCCACGGUGGAGUUGGUGUUCCAGGGCACGGCGGUGAUGCAGAGCGACGCCAACCCGAUGCAUCUGCAUGGGCACGACAUGUUUGUGCUCGCGCAGGGGCUCGGCAACUACGACGAGGCGAGGGACGUGGCGAGGUACAACCUGGUGGAUCCGCCGGUGAGGAACACUGUGCAUGUCCCGAGGAUUGGGUGGGUUGCCGUUCGAUUUGUCACGGACAAUCCAGGGGUAUGGUACAUGCAUUGCCACUUUGAGUUCCAUUUGUCGAUGGGAAUGACGGCAGUAUUCAUUGUAGAGGAUGGGCCAACAAUGGACACGUCCCUCCCUCCACCGCCGGCAGAUUUUCCAACAUGUGGCCAUGAUGAUAACCUCGCGCGGGAUGAAGUACACAUCCAGACUAAGAAGAGUGAAGUCUCACGCGUAGAAGGAGAAUAAAAGAUAACUCCGACCCUCGAGCUUUUAAAUAAACCAAAGGAACUUAUGAAUUAUGAAUGUGUCCUUUGAGAUGAAAUGUACCCAGCUAGCCAUAUAGUUUUCAUAUAUGGCCUAUAUAAAUAAAUAUUAUUAGGGUGUUGUUCGGCAUAAAUGAACAAGUACACUCUCUCAAACUCAUCUUCUAUUCAAGAGAUUUCUAGCUUUAAUAAUACAAGUCUAGGUGGUACUG